AAGUUAGGGCUUUGUAUACCUGAAAUGACGGUUAUGCGUAGUCUUUAAAGCGCUUAAUACAUUUCUCUCGCUAACAAUCUGCAACAGCCGCACGACUUGUUUCUGCAAACGAAAAUCUGUAGACGGCGAUUCCAUUUUAUUUUUCUAUCAGCAGAGAUAUUUUUAUUUUGAAAUAAAAGAACAUCAAAGAGAAAUGUCUUACGACGAUAUAGAGAUCGAGGACAUGGAGUGGAACGAAGAAUUGCAGGCCUUUACAUAUCCAUGCCCGUGUGGAGAUCUUUUCCAAAUCACCAGAGCAGAAUUGCAGAUGGGUGAAGAAAUUGCACGCUGCCCAAGCUGUUCUCUUUACAUAACAGUCGUCUACAACCUCGAAGAUUUUCAGGACAAAUCUUCAGAUAAGAAAAAGCAAUUGGAACAAACUAAAAGCCCAGCAAUUGCUGUGGCAUAAAUGAAGCAGAAAUAAAAGUUUUGUAUUUUUGCAGAUACUAGGGUUUGUUUUUCUGGUUAUUUAGUUGUAAGCCUAUUAAAUCGAAAUUGCCUAUUUUUUAGAUUAAAUGCCAAUAGUGAGCUUUGACAUCGUGAAACAAAUUGAUGGGUUAUAUGCGGUUAGGGUUUUGAGUAAUACGCGAAUCUGUAUUAGAGUAUUAUGAAUGAAAGCCAUUAAAUUUGUACAAUCUAUGAGACUGGAUAAUUGAAUGUUUCUGGAUUUGACUGCA